AUGUCGUCGCGGAUUGUUGCUGGAGCUUCUGGGGUUGCUAUUUUGCCUGGAAUUGGGGCUUCAUUAGGGGAAGUUUUCUGUGAUUAUCUUAAUGGGCAAUGUAUAAAAUUCGAUUGUAAGUUGAAUCACCUACCUCAUAAUUUGCUAAUGACUGUAUUAGCUGCAACGACCUCAAUGGGAACACUUAGCCCAGCUCCUAUGGCUCCGUCUGCUGUUGCAAUGGCUGCUACACAUGCAAUAGUCGUUGCCCAAGCACUUCAAGCCCAUGCAGCUCAGGCGCAAGCUCAGUCAGUAAAAAAUUUCAUUGGCUCACUUGAAAAAGCUGGUAAGGAUGAUGCAUUGAAGAAAACUCUCCAAGUUAGCAAUCUGAGUCCACUUCUCGCUGUUGAACAGCUAAAACAACUCUUUGGCUUCUGUAGCACAGUUGUUGAAUACACAAUUGCUAAUUCAAAGCAUUUUGCUUAUAUAGAAUAUUCAAAACCUAAAGAGGCAACUGCUGCUCUGGCAUUAAAUAACAUAGAUGUCAGUCGCCGGCCUUUGAAUGUUGAGAUGGCAAAAUUUCUUCUGCAAAAACUAUUUGUUGUGAAUUCUUCCCUUGCUUUAUCAUCUCUUCCUUUGAUAAUGCAGUAAGCUGUGACAAUGCAACAGAUGUAAUUCCAGCAAGCUCUGCUUAUGCAACAAACCAUGACUGCACAGCAGACUGCCAGUAAAGCCGCCACCAUGAAGCCUGCAAUAGAGUUAGCGACAGCCCGAGCUGCUAAAAUAAGUAAGAAACUGAAAGCUGAUGGACCUGAAAUUGAAGAGAAAGAAACAAAACAGAAAUCUAGGUCUCCUUCUCCUCCUCAUGCAAGAUCUCGAUCAAAGUCAAGAUCUCCUGUUAGUUAUCGACGAAGGAGGAGGUCUCGUUCCCACUCUCCUGCUCGCUACAAUAGGGGUCAUCGGUCCAUAUCACCAGUCAAGUCCCAUUAUUAUUCAAGCUAUGAAAGAGAUCGAAGGUCCUAUAGAGACAUCAGAGAACACAAUGAUAAAAGUAGAAGACAUGAUUCAGAUAGAUACUUUGAUCGACAUUCAUCUGCUUCAAGAAGGAAUUGGAGUAGGAGCAUGAGAAAGUAUAUCCAGUGCUUGCCUAACAAAUCAGAUGAAAGCAAGCAUAGAAGGUCAAGGCCUAGUGAUAAAAGGCAUUCCAGAUCAAGAUCAACAGAAAGUAAGAAUGAAAUGGAUGAAAGAGAGGAUGAAAAAAAAAUCAAAACUGAUAGGUCAAAGCACCAUCACACUAAAAGAAACAGGUCAAGAUCUAUUGAAGGGAAGCAUCGCAUUAAAGAUAAAUCGGGUGAUAGUAAAGAUAAAAAAUCAGAGCAUCACAAUAGAAGACGUUCCAUGUCAAUAUCAUUAGAGGUUGAGCAUAAUAAUGGAGGUAGCUCAUCACAUAAAGAACUGGAUGAAAGCAUUUUUGAAUAG